GCAUCCGCUCCUAUAGAUAACACUAGCAAUGCUUUCCCUCCAUGCGUUUUUACUUCUUUUAUUGCGCCCGUUUUACUUUUCCAUGUGCUUUGGGGGUUGUAUGGGGUUGUAAAGCAACAACCGUGCAUUUUUUCGACAUAUAACGUUAAACAUACGGGAUAUUGUGCGCCGUAUACUCCUGACGCUGUUGGUGUUUUUUACGUUACGUUAGUUUGAUUUUGCUAUGUGAGCGUUUUCAGGAUUCAAACAUACAACAGCAGCGACACAUUGGGAAGACCGGACAGUAUUAAAGCCAUGAGUCGGGAAAAGGAUGAUGAAAACCUCCUGAGGAUGACGAAGGAUGACCUGCAGAGGUGGAUCCAGGCGGAGGUGGAACGAAACCCUCAUUUAAUGCAGAGACGCGAGCAGCUGGCGCAGGUGGAGGAGUGGGUGAAGCAGAAGGAGAGAGAUAGCACUUGCACACGCCUUCUGUACAGCAACGCCUGCGAAUCCGUCCUGGAGUGUGAGUCAGUGAUGAAGGGUCUUUAUGCGUUGCUGGGAUUGGAUUACCGAGAUGAGGACUCGGAAGAGGAAGGAGGAGGGGGACAACCACAUGACGUCAUCCAGAUCGCAGAUGAUGAGGCAGAACGACGUGGAAAUGUUAUCUGUAAUGGAGAGGAUGAUGAUAAUGAUGAUCUUGUUGUUAUUGAUCUGGGCGCCACCAAAGAAACCUUGGAACCAAUGCUUGAAAAGGUGACCGUGGCCAUUCAGAAGUCAUCCAAACUUGUUCAAGACUUGGUGCAGAUGGUGAGCAAAACCUCUAUGGGUGCCACUUCACCAUUGUCGACAUCAUCAUCUGACAUCAACAGACCCUCAUCAUCUUCAACCCCUGAAAUCGUCCGUCCUGAGUCUGUCACGCCAAAACUGGAAAUAACUAACUCUAUCACCAUAGUCAAGACCGAGUCUUUAUCAAGUGUUCCUAAAAUAUCCUCACUUUUCAACAGCUCAGAACAAUGCAAAUCUAUCGCCGAUCAUGAUUCAUAUUUUAAACCAACGAUUAAGACAGAACCUGAAUGGACACCUUUAACACCUUGGGAAGAUAGUGAGUCAUCUCCAUUCGAGAAAUUAAUUAAGACUGAAUCCCAGUCGACAGAUGUGACCCCUUCAGUAAUGACUCCAAACAAACAACCAGAACUUCUCAGUUUUCAGUCCACAACAAAAAUAAAGCCCGAGCCUCAGUCGACACAAGCAAAUACAGAACUGUCUUCACCGCCAAGCAAUUCAAAACUAUUAGAAAAUCACAAUUCACUGUCCAUUGCAGCAAUUAAGAAUGAGUCUCAGCUAAAGGCAUCGGUUUCUGAAGUGGAUUUACUUGAAAGCGAUUCAGAACAGUCAGACAACGCAGCUACAAAAACUAGAUUUAAACCCUCGGAAGUCACUGCCAGCUCAAAGCUAAAAUCUAGUGGGGAUCAUAAUUCAGCAUCUGCAUCUUUAAAUCGGACUGAUCCUAAAGUAAGGCCGGUGACCCCUUCAGGAACUCCUCCACCCUCAAAAAGUCCUCCUGCUGUUGACAAUACAGCAUCCGUAGAAACAAAUCAGACUGAUUCCGAAUUGCCUACAGAAACUCCUGUUGAGGAGUCGACUUUGCCAAGCAAUCCUAAAGAAGCUGUGAUUAUGAGUGAUGCAGAAUCCACAGACAAAACCGAAAAGCCACAAACAAGGAAAAAAUCUAGCAAACCCUCUGUGACCACAACAAGUCCCGAAAGCAGGCUGACGUCUUCAAAAAGCCCACCUGUAACGAAGACGUCCAGCACCCAAAAGGAAACCGCAAGGGCUCAAUCGCCGUCAGACAGCAUUGAUGAAUCCGCUGACAUGGAAGAUUCGCCUGAUGAACCAUCUAAUUCACCUACGGAGUCACCUACAAAAACUCCAGACAAGACCACCAGGAAUGAUGCUCCUGCUAAACCUUCCAAAGCUAAGAAAAGUUCCAAGCAUUCAUCCAGCGAGUCCUCUAAAACACUUAAAGAGAUCAAACUUAAGGUCGGGGCGGCAGUUUUAGGAAAAAAGAGACACAACCAUUGGAGUCGGGGAACAGUGCAAGAAGUUGAGACCGAAGAUGAUGGCAAUACGUAUAAGGUGGAGUUCAAGAAGGGUAAAACCAUUGUGCUGUCUGCUAAUCAUGUGGCCGCCUACAAGCCUCCUUCUCUCAAGGAUUUGUAUAUCGGCUGUCGUGUCGUGGCCAGCGCCAAAUCUGAAAAUGGAAAGAGCUUGUAUAAUGCUGGUGUGAUGGUUGAGCUUCCCGAGCGCAAGAAUCGCAUGAGGUUCUUGGUGUUUUUUGAUGAUGGCCUGGCAACCUAUUUGGCCCUUCCAGACCUUUAUUUUGUCUGCAAACAAACAAAAAAAGUAUGGAGGGAAAUCAAGGAUGAGUCAUCUCGCAAGCAGGUUAAGGAUUACCUUCAAGUCUAUCCCAACCCUAUUGCUGUGGUGCUUCGCUUGGGUCAAGAGACCAAGGCAGUGCGAAAUGGCCAAUUUGAGGACUGUACGGUGCUUCAGCUAGAUGGCAGCCUGGUCCAGAUCUGCUAUAAGAAUGACAAGCAGAAGGAGUGGAUUUAUAAAGGAUCAGACAAGUUGGAGCAUAUUUUAACUAUCAAGAAUCGUCACAAACAACACUCUCACAAAAAACACCAUUCACCUGAAGGGAAAACGCAAUCUUCUCAACCCAAAACACUGCAUUCCUCUAAAUCAGCUUCCACCUCGACAUCAUCAGCCAAUGUUUCACCCGUCUCUUCAGAUAGUGUGUCUCCUGCACGUGUGACCAGACAGAGCGAUAAGACCAAAACAUCUAUUAGCCCUCAAAAAAUCAUGUCGCCUGCUUUUCAGCCAAAGGUUGUUCUCCAGAAAAUAUCUUUGCCCUCGUCUAUCUCACCAGCUGCCAGGGUAUCAAAUAGCAACACUAACUCAAGCUUAAUAAGUGCAAAACGACCUGCCCCUGAUGAAGAAGAAGAUGAGUAUUUUUCUGAAGAUGAAGUGGAGGUUUUAGAGCAAGAGCAGAAUAAGUCUGUAUAUUUACAUCAGCGUUGUUGCCCUGCAUGUCUGGAGGAGGUGAGGCCGCAUCAAGUUGACAUACACCAUGGGAAAAAUCCACUUCUUAUCCCACUGCUUUUUAAGUUUCGGCGAAUGACUGCCCGGAGGCGCAUUGAUGGAAAGCUAUUUUUCCACAUUUUCUAUCGUUCUCCUUGUGGGCGGAGCCUGUGUGACAUGCAGGAAGUGCAAGACUACUUGUUUGAAACGCGUUGUGACUUCCUCUUCCUGGAAAUGUUCUGUAUGGAUCCGUUUGUUCUUGUGAACCGUGCGCGACCCCCUUCCACUACCACAGGACAACCUCACCUGUACUUGCCGGACAUUUCUGAGGGUAAAGAGGUGAUGCCAGUGCCCUGUGUGAAUGAAGUGGACAAUACCCUCGCGCCUAAUGUCACUUACACUAAAGACAGGGUUCCAGCUCGAGGGGUUUUCAUCAACACAAGCUCAGACUUUAUGGUCGGCUGUGACUGCACAGAUGGCUGUCGAGACAGGUCGAAAUGUGCUUGCCACAAGCUGACCAUUGAGGCCACAUCCCUAUGCACAGGAGGUCCAGUGGAUGUUAGUGCUGGAUACACACAUAAGAGGCUGCCAACAAGCUUACCAACAGGGGUGUAUGAGUGUAACCCUCUCUGCCGCUGUGACCCGAGAAUGUGCAGCAACAGGCUGGUCCAGCACGGUAUGCAGCUGCGCCUGGAGCUCUUCAUGACACAACAUAAGGGAUGGGGCAUCCGCUGCAAAGAUGACGUGCCCAAGGGCACCUUUGUGUGCGUUUUCACUGGUAAAAUAGUGAAUGAAGACAAAAUGAAUGAAGAUGACACCAUGUCCGGCAAUGAGUAUUUGGCCAAUCUCGACUUCAUCGAAGGUGUGGAGAAACUGAAAGAGGGUUAUGAGAGCGAGGCCUACUGCUCUGAUACUGAGGUGGAAAGCAGCAAGAAGACCAUAACCAUGAAAACGGGGCCAUUGUUAAAAAAUUCCCUAUACAAGGAGGACUCUAGCAGCGGUGAAGAGCCCAUGGAGGUGGACACAGCAAAAGAUAAAGUGAAAGUCCAUGACAAACCUUUAGGUGAGAGAAAACUGCCAAAUAAACCACAUGAAACACCGAAAGAUACUCAGAAGAAAAUUAGUGAACUAAGGAAAAAUGACGGACAAGAGAGCUCAGGCCCGAAGCGAUGCUUUGCCAUAAAGUCAUUCCAGAGAAGAGUAAAACCACUAGAAAGCACUGAAGCACAGAAAGAAAAAACUAAAACUCCCAAAAACACACGCGGACUGUUCAACGAUGAGGACGCUUGUUACAUCAUUGAUGCUCGGCAAGAGGGAAACCUCGGCCGUUAUAUAAACCAUAGCUGCAGCCCCAAUUUAUUUGUCCAGAACGUCUUUGUGGACACACACGACCUCCGCUUUCCAUGGGUGGCUUUCUUUGCUAGCAAGCGCAUAAAGGCAGGUACAGAGUUGACGUGGGAUUAUAACUAUGAAGUGGGCAGUGUGGAGGGAAAGGUGCUGCUCUGCUGCUGUGGCUCAUUGCGCUGCACUGGAAGACUGCUCUGAAAAUCAAACACUUUAACUCGUUUGUUAUAGACUGCUUCACCAGCCAAUCUGAAAUAGUAACGGCGCUGUUCAUAGGAGCGUCCUCGUCACAUGAACCCAGUGAAUACGAAAAGCAUAGUAAAAUUUAUUAAAGUUUGUGUUGUUGCGUUUGUUUUUAUUGUUUUUAAUGUAUACAGCAAAUAUGAAUACUCUCAAUGUAGUCAACGAUGUAAAUAAAAUGUGGAAAUAUUCAAACUA